CAGAAGGGACCCUGGGUGCCUCCUGGCUCCCAGCUGAUGUGAACAUGGCCAUUUUCUUGCCAAGCAGCUGGUCCAUUUGAACCUGGCCACCUCCUGACAAGCUGCAGCUGGGAUCUCUGAGCUGCUUCCCUUUCUGCUAUGUGCAUGGCAGCUUGUGAUGAGUUCUCAGCUCGCCUGCUACCGGGCAGAAAGCAACAGGAGAGAGCUGUGUUUGUGCUUUGUGUCUUCCAUUGGUGCUCAGAAUUACCAGAGGCACCGAAAGAAGAGGAAGAACUUACUGCAGAGGAAAAGAGGAAACUGGAAAGAAAAUUAAAAAAAGAGCGCAAGAAGAAGGAAAAACAGCUGCUGAGGGAAGCUGGGAUCUCUACUAAAAAGGUGGAGCCCAAAAAGCCAUCGGGAUGCGAGCUGGCUCUGGCUUAUUUAACCAGCUGGUCUGAAAACCCAGAAGAAUGGAAGUUUCAAAAAACAAGACAAACCUGGCUUCUUCUGCACAUGUAUGAUAAAGAGAAGGUUCCAGACAAUUAUUUCACCAUUUUACUGGAUUAUCUGCAAGGGCUUCAAGGAGGAGCACGAGACAUAACUGUGCAGAAAGCUGAAGCUUUUAUGAAGGAAUUUGAUGGUUCUGAUGUAGAAGACCCAAAACUGCUGGAGAAGUGUGAAAGGAUACGACAAGUUCUGCAACUGCUCUCCUGAGAAUAUUUUCUUGUCUUAAUGGUUGUGUGGUGGAGAGGAUAGGAUGUCAUAUACAGAGACAAUAAGAUAGUUGUAAAGGUGUAUUUUCUAAUAAGAAUCCUAAUAGUAAAUUCUCAGAUUUUGUAUUCAUAAUUGCAAAUGUUUCUCAUGUUUUGAGGUGAUGAAAUAAACCCAACAUAUUUGGUCCACC